GGUCAACCUGGAACAGGCGGGCAACCGGGAACACCAGGCCAACCUGGAACAGGCGGACAACCAGGAACAGGCGGGCAACCGGGAACACCAGGCCAACCUGGAACAGGCGGACAACCAGGAACAGGUGGGCAACCGGGAACACCAGGUCAACCUGGAACACCCGGUCAACCUGGAACAGGUGGACAACCGGGAACACCGGGCACUCCAGGUCAACCUGGAACAGGCGGACAACCGGGAACCCCAGGCACUCCCGGGCAACCGGGAACACCAGGCCAAUCUGGAACAGGCGGGCAACCGGGAACACCAGGCACUCCAGGUCAACCUGGAACAGGCGGACAACCAGGUCAACCAGAACAACCUGGAACAGGCGGACAACUCCAGGCCAACCUGGAACAGGCGGACAACCGGGAAUCCCAGGCACUCCCGGUCAACCGGGAACACCAGGCCAAUCAGGAACAGGUGGACAACCAGGAACUCCGGGGACUGUUGGAUCAACAACACCAAGCCCCGCAGAGGGUGAAAAACAACCUCGAAUGUAAAUCAGAAGGUUUCUUUGGCGAUACCAAAAAUUGUACAAAAUUCUAUCGAUGCAUCAGUAAUGGUCAAAACGGAUAUAUACAAUAUGCAUUUACAUGCGGUCCAGGAACAGUUUGGGAUGAUUCAUUACAAUCCUGUAAUCACGCUUGGUCUGUAAGUGGAAAAUGUGGAACAAAUGUACCAAAUGAACAACCUGGAACUGGCGAACAACCAGGAGCAGGUGGGAAACCGGGAACAGGCGGACAACCAGGAACAGGUGGGCAACCGGGAACAGGCGGACAACCGGGAACAGGUGGGCAACCGGGAACAGGUGGGCAACCGGGAACAGGCGGACAACCGGGAACAGGUGGGCAACCGGGAACACCAGGCCAACCUGGACCAGGUCAACCUGGAACAGGCGGACAACCAGGUCAACCAGAACAACCUGGAACUCCAGGCACACCCGGACGGCCGUGUGAACCACCAAACAAUCAGUCUCAAGCAAUUUGCAAGGAUGCCGGAUUUUUCCCCGAUCCAGUCGAUUGCAGAAAAUUCUACAGAUGCGUGGAUGUGGAUGAAAACAACAAGGGUCAAAGGUUUUCAAUCUAUUACUUUGACUGUGCUCCAGGAACGAUAUUCGAUCCUUCAUUAAAUACCUGCAAUUACGAAUCGUCUGUCAGUCCGCAGAGAUCAUGUCGUACGGAAACAACGACUUUCAUCCCCCAAACCACAGAUCAGGUUACUAUAUCCAGCACCGAAACCUCUACCGAUUCUACAACGAUAUCUACUACAGAGACCGACAAAGAAAGUACAACUUUAUCAUCUACAACAGUUGAGAGUACAACUGUAACAUUGAUAACAGAGAGCACCACAUUAACGCCAACCACCGAAAGCACCACUUUGACACCCACAACUGAGAGUACUACAUUUGUAUCAACAACAGAGAGUACAACAUUAACUCCAACUACAGAGAGUACUACUUUAACACCAACCACAGAGAGCACAACAUUAACACCAACUACAGAGAGUACCACCCUCACUCCUACCACAGAAAGUACAACCUUAACAUCUACACCUACCACGGAAAGUACUACAUUAACUCCAACUACUGAAAGUACCACUCAAACACCAACCACUGAGAGUACAACCUUAACAUCUUCACCUACCACCGAAAGCACCACUCUCACACCAACGACAGAGAGUACUACAUUGACUCCUACGACUGAGAGUACCACCCUAACACCCACAACGGAAAGCACCACAUUGACACCUACCACCGAAGGAACAACUUACAGUUCGACGAUCAUAACGACAGAGAGUAUCACAACCGAGGUGACAACUGUGCCAAGUGGUGAAACGACGACGGCGAGCUGCCCCAUCGGACAGUUGGAAGGUGAUCAGGUUGCUUUGGUGUGUCCCACCGGAUUCAGAAGACAUCCGAAGUACUGCAACUUAUUCUACCAAUGCACCACAAAUCGAGACACGUACGAAAUGAAAGUGGUGGUCUUGAGCUGUCCCGACAACACCCUCUUCGACGAGAAGAAGGUGCAGUGUCUGCCGGCCGCGGAGACGCGUCCGUGCAGCGGAGAAUUUGCAAACCGAAGAAUGUAUAGGAGAUUGGAGGAGAAUUCGCUACCACCGAUUCCCGUAAGCGGAGGAAGAUCGCUCUGUCCGAGGCAAGGAAACAAUGUCCUGACCGAUGAUUGCAAUUCGAUGUACGUGAAAUGCAGCAAGGAUAGUGAAUACUCGAAGAUGCAAGGAUACCUUUACCAGUGUCCAUCCGGCUACACCUACUACCCGGUGAGCAAUUUAUGUGAGCGCACGGCGCGGCUGCCCGAGUGCAAGGGUUUGGUGGACCCGCAGACGCAGACACGAUGGGACGUGCAGAUCGACAGAGAGAGUGUCUCCAUGUACAAGAAACGACGCGGCCUUCAUCUGUUCGACUAGUUGCCAUUUCUAGAUCAUAAGCUCCUUUAGAAAUAUUAAUUAUUAAUAAUAGUAAUCAAACAAUGAUUACUAACUACCUAUUUAUUCGGAAUUAACUCGACCAGAUUGACUUAAUUCUCAAUAAAUACAUCAAACGGGGAAACAUUUA